UGUGUUCCGGGGUAGGACUGGCUGUACACAGUGUAAAGAUCAUUUUUGUGUACCUUCUUUCCUUUUCUAUUCAUAUAGUUAUUGCACGGACCACUGAGGGGAGAGUGUUAGGGGUUUUCAGAAGGAGAGACGCUUUGAGUACGGCACCGAGAGGACGUCUGUAAAGAUGAACUUCUUCAGAGGAGUGAUGGGUGGGCAGGCAGCCGGGCCGCAGCCGUCCGGAGCGGAGACGAUCCAGAAGCUGUGUGACCGGGUAGCCUCCUCGACCCUCCUAGAAGACCGCAGAGAUGCUGUUCGGGCUCUUAAGUCCCUCUCUAAGAAAUAUCGCAUGGAAGUUGGCACACAGGCGAUGGAUCACUUGAUUAACAUACUGCAAACUGACAGGUCUGACUCUGAAAUCCUUGGCUAUGCUUUGGACACAUUGUACAACAUCAUCUGCAACGAUGACGAGGAAGAGCAAGAUGAAUCAGAAGAUGCAGUAACCCCUAUCCCUCUCUCAGGGAAGCAUAAGCCUGUUUCCAUGCCUGAUGAGAAUGCACAGAAGCAGGCAGAUGACCUGGGAGUCCAGUUCACAGACAAGUUCAUUGAGGACCCCGAACAUGUGACCCUGCUUCUCACUCUGUUGGAGGAGUUUGACUUCCACGUACGUUGGCCUGGAGUGAAGCUGUUGACUGCUCUCCUGAAGAACCAGGGCGUCCAGGUCCAGGGUAUCAUUCUGGUCAGCCCCAUGGGUGUUUCCAGACUGAUGGACCUGUUGGCAGACUCUCGAGAAGUCAUUCGGAAUGACGGCCUGCUGCUGCUUCAACAGCUGACCAAAAGCAAUGCUGCCAUUCAGAAAAUUGUGGCAUUUGAAAACGCAUUUGAGCGUCUUUUAGAUAUCAUCACAGAAGAGGGCAGCAGUGAUGGAGGUAUUGUGGUGGAGGACUGUUUGCUGCUGCUGCUCAACCUGCUGAAGAACAACAGCUCCAAUCAGAACUUCUUCAAAGAGGGCUCCUACAUUCAGAGAAUGAAGCCCUGGUUUGAGGUGGGCGACGAUAACUCCGGCUGGUCUGCACAGAAGGUCACCAACCUUCACCUCAUGCUUCAGUUGGUGCGAGUCAUGGUGUCUCCUGUGAACUCUCCUGGAGCUACAGCCAGCUGUCAGAAGUCCAUGUACCAGUGUGGUCUGCUGCAGCAGCUGUGCACCAUCCUCAUGGCCACCGGUGUGCCUGCUGACAUCCUCACUGAGACCAUCAACACUGUAUCAGAGGUUAUCAGAGGCUCCCAGGUCAACCAAGACUACUUUGCAUCUGUCAAUGCUCCUUCAAACCCACCGAGACCAGCCAUCGUGGUGCUGCUCAUGUCCAUGGUGAAUGAGAGACAGCCGUUUGUGCUCCGCUGUGCAGUCCUCUACUGCUUCCAGUGUUUCCUCUACAAAAACCAGAAAGGCCAGGGCGAGAUUGUGGCUACGCUGCUGCCCUCCACCAUUGAUGCAAAUUCCAUCUCGGCGGGCCAGCUGCUGUGCGGAGGCCUGUUCUCAGCGGACUCUCUGUCCAACUGGUGUGCCGCUGUGGCCCUGGCUCACGCCCUGCAGGACAACCUCACCCAGAAGGAGCAGCUGCUGAGGGUCCAACUGGCCACCAGCCUGGGAAAACCCCCCGUGUCCCUGCUGCAGCAGUGCACCAACAUCCUCUCCCAGGGAGAUAAAAUCAUCCGGCGGGGCAGUAAAGUGCAGACCAGGGUGGGCCUCCUCAUGCUGCUGUGCACAUGGAUCAGCAACUGUCCGAUAGCUGUCACACACUUUCUGCACAAUCAGGAAAACGUUCCCUUUCUGACGGCACAGAUCUCAGAGAACCUGGGAGAGGAUGAACGGCUGGUGCAGGGCCUGUGUGCGCUGCUUCUUGGCAUCUGCAUCUAUUACAACGACAACUCACUGGAAAACUACACCAAAGAGAAGCUGAAGCAGCUCAUCGAGAAGCGGAUCGGAAAGGAAAACUUCGUGGAGAAACUGGGCUUCAUCACCAAACAUGAGCUGUACUCGCGGGCGGCCCAGAAGCCGCAGCCUGUCUUCCCGUCUCCAGAGCAGAUGCUGUUCGACCACGAGUUCACCAAGCUGGUCAAAGAACUGGAGGGUAUGAUUACCAAAGCAGUUCACAAAUCCAGUGAGGAGGAGAAGAAGGAAGAGGAGGUGAAGAAGACUUUAGAGCAACAUGACAACAUCGUAACUCAGUAUAAAGAGCUGAUCAGAGAACAGGACGCUCAGAUCCAGGAGCUGAAAGAGCAGGUGUCGACCAUGUCCUCUCAGAACGACCAGCUGCAGACAACGAUCACCCAGCAGCUGUCCCAGAUCCAGCAGCACAAAGAUCAGUACAACAUCCUCAAGCUAAAAUUAGGUAAGGACAACCAGAGUCAGGCUAACAGCCAGGGAGACGGCUCACAGGUGAACGGGCUGCAGACGGAGGAGCUCACACAACUCAGAGAGGAGGUGGAGGAGCUCCGCAAGCAGCACACACUCCUUCAGACACAGCUCAGUGACAAAGAGGCGCUCAUCAGCACCCUGAGGUCGGGGGCGUCACAGACAGCAGAAGGUUCAGCAGGAGCGUCAGACAACACAGAACUGCUCAAGGAGCUGGAGGCUCUGAGGAGUCAGAUCCAGGCCCAGUCUGCAGAGAUCCACCAGAUGAAGACAGAGAGACAAGACCUGCUCAGAAGAGCUGAAGCUGGGUCCUCGGACGCAGUCGCCGGUGGUGACGGCUCAUUAGACGCUGCCAAGAUGGCAGAACUGGACAGCAGACUCACAGCACAGAUGACUGAGACAGAGAAACUCAAGGAGGAGGCAAAGAGGUCAUCGGAGACCCGGGCGGAGCUGGAGCAGCAGCUGGCGUCGGCCACCAGCACGGUGGCCAUCCUGCAGACGGAGAAAGCAAAGCUGCAGACGGAGGUGCAAGAGUCCAAGAAGGAGCAGGACGACCUGCUGAUGCUGCUCGCAGACCAGGACCAGAAGAUCCACAGUCUCAAACAGAGACUCAAAGACCUGGGAGAGACGGUGGACGAUGAAGACGACCUCGACGCCAGGGACCAAACGGACGACGACGACGAGGAGGACGACGAAGAUGAGGACUAGAGAAGAAAAACACUAAAAGAAGAAAAAGGAGAGAGCUGGGAAUUCAUCUGCCAGCAGGCAAGAAAAGACUGCAGAAACCCACAGAGGAACUGAAGCAUAGGACUAAUAUAUUGAAGCAGUUUCUCUCUCCAGCUGCCAUGCUUUGUUUUCCGUCACCCCCCCCCCCCCCCCCCGUUGUCACAUCACAUGUACAUGUUAGUUAUUUGGACUUUUUUUUGUCGUCCAGGUUGUGGUUCCUAACUUUUCAAUGACAGCGAAACGAUUCGAACACAUCAGUGCAUUCAUCUCUUCCACUUUCACCAUCUGUCCUCGAUGGAUUUUAGCAGUCUGUAAUGUGCUGUCUUGCAGUGUUACGCUACUUUUGGCACACGAGUCACCCGGGAAAGUUAGAGAAGAGGGUUUAAAAUGUAGCAACAGGUUUGAAAUGAUUCUCAUUUGACCGUGAACGUGCUGGCGAGCUCUUCGGGCUCGUUCCCAUCCUGCUCAGCUGCUCCCACCGGGUGCGCCUACAGCGUUAGCGUCGCCUGCUAUGUGUCACCGCGCCACGCCCCGAAUUCGUCUUCACACCCCAAUCAGAUGGAGUUCAGUGUGUCACAGUGUUCCAGCACUCAGAGUUGUUCCAUUUCACAUCGACGACACGACCUAACCGCUCUACAAUAUGCUGCAAAACACUGACAGAAAAGAUGUAAAGACAAAAAAGAUAUUUUUGCAACUUUUUGUCCUCCAGCUUCUGUAUGAUACCGUGUAACUUAUCAAUUUAUGAGCCACAUUGAAAUGAAUAAAGAAUCUAUCAGUCUGUAUGCUUGUAUGGAGGAAUAAUUGUAGAUAAAUUAAA